AUGGUGUACUUCGGUGGUGCACAAAGCUCUAUGACGGCCUUCUUCUUCAGGGUAUACGAGUAUUUCUUCGGAACCGUUGAUGAACACGAACGAGUAGAGCUGAAAGCUGAGCUUAAACUUUAUGCGGGUGCUUUUUUCGCCCUAGCGCUAACAUUCUGCGUGUACAGUACAUUCGAGCUGUUCCUCACGCGGAAGUUCUACAACACGUUGGUCUCAUUCGCUCCUGUUCCGCAGAACGAUCCAACGGCACCCCUUCAACCGGCAUUCAAUCCUGAGUUUGGCCAAACUCCGGGGAAGAUUUAUCCCAAUAUAUAA